UGACAAACUGGUUUCAAUAUGUGGUGCCGCCAUGGCUGACCGGCUUUUCGUGGCAUUUUGGCAUUGAUUAUUUAGGAGAAAAUCACUUUCUUUGAAAGUGAUGUGCGUGUUAGUGUGUUUGGAAUUUUCACAAACAGUAAUUGCCCCAGCAAGGAUAAAUACGCCUUUCCCCCUGUCACUCAGUCGCUCGCUUGGUCUCUCUUUCUCCCGGCCGACGCCUCCACAGUCCACGACCUCCAGCUCUCUUCGCCAACCCAUUCGCAGAAUCGCAGAGCGAGCACAAAUCGAGAUCACCUCUCUCUCAUCAUUCCCAUUCUCCGAUUCCCCGUUUCCUAACAUCCUCCACCAUCGAUCACUCCAAACGGAAAAGGUAAAUAAAUGUAUUUUGUUUCUGUGUUUAUUCCAGCAUAUGGUCUUUGUUUUGGUAUUGAAUAGAUGCAAUGAUUUGGUUGCAUUUUAUGUACUGGGUCUAUUGAUUUGAUUUGAUUUGAUUCUUCCAUUUUCUGAUUCUCCCCAUCAAUUUUCAAGUACCCAAAUUUAUCAUCUUAAUAAUUGUUGGGUUAUGGAUCAUUGGUGUAGAAACCAGUCUCAGGCUCUCUCGUGUCUGCAUUGUUCACUUGUGUGCUUGUUUAAGUUUCUAUUUUGCAUUUACUUUUGAUAUGCAAACAUAGGAGUCCCAUAUAAUAAAUGGUUCCUAAUAACAUUAAGGUCUUUUGUAUAAAAGACCCCGUUUGCUAAACAGGUGGUUAAGUUAAGAACAAUAUCUAUGUUGCUAGUGGUGGGCCAAGGAUCCGUCUCGCUUAAAUCUUAACACAAGAAUAUUUGAUAGGAUUUACUUUUUUUAUUUUUAAACUAUGAUCCACAUCCACCAUUACUUGCUUAUAACUUAUUGAUUUUUCCUUGUUUUUAAACUCUUUCAAUUCUUUUUAUAAUUGUAUGCUUUUGUUUUGUACUUUUUCCUAUUUACUUUUAUUUUACAGUUUAUUACAUCCGAUUACAAAUUCAAAAGCAAACAGUGGAACUAAUUCCAUUCCAUCCUAAUUCCCAACCAAACUAUGUACUAGAUUCUAUUCGAGUACAGUUUUUUUUUUCUUCUCCAUUUUCUUAUCCAUUCGAGUUUGAUUUUUCUCGAUUUCCAUGUUUAAUUCUAACAUUUGAACUCCUUUUAUUUGGCUGCUUCUCAGUUUACUUUCUAAAACUUUUUUCUGAAUCUAAUUCAUUGGUUGAUGUGGGCAUUUCUAUUUAAGUUUUCACAAUUCAAAAACCGCACAAGACGGCUGCGUUUUCUUAUUCUCGCUUUCUUCAGUUCUUUGUUCUUUUUUUUCUCCUCUCAUCUGAAAUUUUCUUCCUUUUUGACGUGGAAUUUGUCAAUAUAAUUAGUCACAAAUAUUGGGUUUCGUUGAAGUUUCUGUUUUGGGUUGUUUUUUUCUCUUAUUGGGUAUGCACUGGAAGGUUAAAUGGUUUUGAGGAAAUUUCAUGGCUUUGGACAAUUGGGCCUUCUGGGAGAGUUUGAUUGCAUAGGCUGAGGCUGAGUCUUGUGCAUUCGAGGCUCUUUCCAAGUCUUGUGCAAUUGGCUCUUUUGCUUUUAUAACAUGCAUCAAUUGUGUUGAUACCAUCAUUGGCCUCACGUGCUUUCUCCAAUAUAGUGGCCUCUCACAUGGGUUAAGUCUCAUAUACCCUAUCAUCUGACCAGGCAAGAAACCCAUGCACUUAAAGGAAGGCCCACGCCUCCUCCUAGAUGGCCUAACAUGCCUAAGCAAGUUGACCACUUAAGUGGUGGUUUUCCACAUGCCACAAGUACCAAGAUUGGCCUCUUUCCUGUGCCUCAGGUGACCAACCCAAGCUGCCCGUUAAACAAGGGAGGGCUUCUAUAGUGAGUGGGAAGUUAUAAGGGGUGUUUUUGAGGGGUAUGUAAGAGUCGUUGGAUUUCAUCCAACGGUGAGUUUUUAAAAGAGGAUGCAUGUAGAAUCGGGUUGAAAUCUAACCCGUUAGAAACCCAACUUCAGUUGUUCCCCUCUUUCCCUCUCUGUGAAAAACUGAAGAACACAAUCCUCUCUUUUUGAACGUAAAGCAAACCCACAAUUAGAAGGAUCCAAAUCUCUCAAACCUUAUAGUCACUCGAUUGUCAUUAGCUCGUUGGGAGGCCUGCGAUCUAUGGUAUCCUGGGUAUUACGAAGAAUGGCUCUUACCUAGCUGUUGCCCUGUUUUGAUUCUAUGGCUCAAGUGAAAACCACUUCUCUUUUUCAUUCAGCUGACAAGAUUCCAGAUGAAAGCAAAGUAGCAUAUCUCUUUUUGUAGCUAGAAGCCGCAGCAGCAGUUGUUCCUCGAUUUUGGUAGAGAUGGAGUCUCAAAUACCAAAGAGUCUUCUCUAAUGUCCACCACAUUCUUUCAAGCUGACUGACUGCAGAGCUCCCGAUUGAUUUUGAGAGUAAUAUAGAAGUGGAUCAAUAAUAUACGUAGAUAAAAUGUAUGGGGGCUCAGAGAGUGAUGAAUGUGCAACAGCUAAUGGGAGGGUUUAUAUUCCUGAAGUAAGAAAUGAGGAAACACCAGCAGUUGGGAUGAAGUUUGACUCGCUUGACCUCGUUUACAAUUUCUAUAAUAGAUAUGCAUUCUUUGCUGGCUUUGGUAUUCGACUUCAUUCUAGCUUUUGGGGGAAAAAUAAGAAAGAGAUUUUGAGGAAAGAAUUUGUAUGUUGCAAACAAGGUGCAUACAGGAAGGAUGAAACUCGGGAGAGAAAAAGACAACGGGGAAUAAGUAGAUGCAAUUGCAAAGCUAAGAUUGUGGUUGUGAAGACAAAUGGGAGCAAGAAGUAUACCAUAUCUCUUUUUGCAGAGGGACACAAUCAUAAGAUGACACCCUCAGAAAGAAUGCAUUUAUUGAGAUCACACCGUCAUAUUUCAGAUUCUACAAAAGUACUCACAAAACAGUUGGGUUCAGUUAAUAUUCCCAUUCAUCAGAAGGUAAGUAUUUUCGAGGUGCAAUCCGGAGGAAUGGAUAAAAUCGGUUUUAUCAAAAAAGAUAUCUACAAUCUUGAAUGUAGUGUGAAUGGGAAGCUGAGGAACCACGAUGUUGAACUAGUGACCGAGUAUUUUAUGACUGAACAGAAAAAAAAUGAGGCUUUUUAUUUCAAGAUUGAGGGAGAUGGGCAUGACAGGUUUAGUCGAUGUUUUUGGGCAGAUGCAACUUCUAAACGGGCGUAUGGGUUUUAUGGAGAUGUUGUAUUCGAUACCACAUUCAACACGAAUCGAUACGACUUGACAUUUGCACCAAUGUUGGGAGUUAAUAACCAUGGUCAGACAAUUGUCUUAGCAUGCGCAUUUUUGAGCAAGGAAACGACUGAGUCGUUUGUUUGGAUGUUUGAGGAGUUUAAGAAAGCCAUGCCAGGUGGGGAACCUAAAACGAUCAUUACAGAUCAAGAUGCGGCAAUGGCCAUAGCGAUUUCAAUAGCCUUCCCGACUACAUUUCAUCGACUUUGCAUAUGGCACAUCACAUCAAAGUUCUCUGUUAAGUUACCACGUGACGCUUAUAAGGAGUAUUGGCGUGAAUUUCAGAAAGCCAUAUGGGAUACUGACAAUAAGGAUGAGUUUGAUGCAAAAUGGAAUAUUGUGGUUACAAAGGCUGGUUUGACUGACCAUCCAUGGCUAAGUUCAAUGUUUGAUUUAAGGGAAUCUUGGGUUCCAGCCUACGCACGACAAUUUUUUGCCGCUGGAAUGUCAAGCAGCCAAAGAGCGGAAGGUUCUCAUAGUUUUUUCAAGCAAUACAUAUCAAGGAGAAAUUCGUUGAUGGAUUUCAUAAUACGAUUUGAGAGGGCACUUUCUCAUCAACGUGAAAAAGAGUUAGUUGCUGAUCACGUAGAUGCAUUUGAAGUGGCUCAAUGUCUUCUACCGAUGCUAAUGAACAAACAAAUGGCUACCUUGUACACAAGGACAAUGUUUCAAAAGUUUGAGCAAGAACUAAUACAAAGUACAACAUGUUUCCUAGAGCUCAAAACAGAGGAUGCUUGUAAAGUUGUCUUUAACGUGAGCGAAAGGAAAAAUUGGGAAACAAGAGUGGCAGAAGUCGUAUAUGUCAAAGAUUCUGACCACGCAUCGUGUAGCUGCAGAAGAUUUGAAUUUGUUGGAAUUAUUUGCAAGCACAUCCUAGCAUUGUUCAUAAGGGACCAGAUUGAAUAUAUGCCCGAUAAAUAUAUUUUGAAGAGGUGGAAGAAAACUGCGAAAUCUAGAUUGGUGUCAGAUGCAAAUGGCAACGAAAUUAAAGACUGUGCAGAUCCUGGCCUUCUAAUAAAGCGGAGUACAAUGUCUCGACUUGCUUCAGAUGUGGUUGAGGAUGCAUUAAUGAGUGAAGAAGGAUGUGAGCUACUGUCAGAGACUCUAAAAAGUUUGCAGGUGAAGUUGAAGUUGCUGAAGGAUGGACCAAGUAAUAACGAAGUUGGAGGGUCCAGCUCUCAAACACAAUAUAUGAAAGACCCUAAGAGAGUGAGGUGCAAAGGAAGGUCGAAAGGAGUAACGGGAGCAAAGGAAAAGGCAAUGAAGCGAGGGAUUAGACACUGUCGGGAGUGUGGACGCAUUGGUCAUGAUAGAAGACAAUGCCCAGCCUUGAACACACCGACAUCACCGUCGAACAAUGACGAAUCAACUCCAAUACAUCGUAGUGACCCAUUAUUCAACGAUUUUGACAAGAUGCACGGACCAACUGAAUGAUUUAUAUUUGUAUUAGACGAAAUGUGGUUGUUAUGAAGAUUAAUGAUCAGGCUAAUGCAGCAUUUCCAGCAGCCAGCUGUUGUUUCCAUUACCAGUAAUCAUUUCCAGCAGUAGCCACUUUUUUCGACUGGUUAUUAGGGGCACGAUUUUGUACACUUUUGUAACUGAAGGAUACUUGAAGCACUUUGUUGGAAUAGAGCAAAUAGAAAGCAGUGUGUAAAAAAGAAACAUAACAUUGCAGCUAA